UUUUUUCUCAAGAAUAGACAUGACUGAUACUUGCCGCUUCGAAGAACAUCCCUCUUCUAAUACUUCUGCUCUUCAUGAUCAUGGAGACGGACAUGUACACACUCAUGGUGACCAUGACUCUCAUGGACACGGUCACACGCAUGAACAAAUGGAUCAUCCUGGAUUAUAUCAAGAACGUCCUAAGGCUAUUUAUGAUAACCGUGAUUGGUCAGAAAGAGCAUUCACUGUUGGUAUUGGAGGUCCUGUUGGUUCAGGAAAGACUGCAUUAAUGUUGGCUUUAUGCCAACGUCUUCGUGAUCAAUACUCUCUUGCUGCUGUCACGAAUGAUAUCUUUACUAAAGAAGAUACCGAAUUCUUGAUUCGUAAUGCUGCUUUGCCUACAGAUCGUAUUGCUGCUAUUGAAACAGGUGGCUGUCCUCAUGCUGCUAUUCGUGAAGAUGUAUCUGCCAACCUCAAUGCUUUAGAAACCCUUCAUAGCAAGUUUGAUACACAAUUGUUGUUGAUUGAAUCUGGAGGUGACAACUUGGCUGCUAACUAUAGCCGAGAAUUAGCUGACUAUAUUAUUUAUGUCAUUGAUGUUGCUGGUGGUGAUAAAGUACCUAGAAAGGGCGGUCCUGGUAUUACUCAAAGCGACUUGUUGAUUAUUAACAAGACUGAUUUAGCACCUAUUGUUGGUGCUGAUCUUGAUGUGAUGGCCCGUGAUGCUAAAAAGAUGAGAGGUGAUGGCCCUACCGUAUUCGCCCAAGUUAAGAAUGGUGUUGGUAUGGACGAAAUUAUCUCGCUUAUUUUAGGUGAAUGGCGUGCAAGUGGUGCUGCCAAGGAGUCUCCUUCUUAAAUUAUAACAAUAAACUAUUGUACAGUAAUGAAGCAUGAUCAGCAUUGACUUUUUUUUCUCGCUUAAUUUUUCAAGCGAACAUACAUUUGCUCGGAGAAAGAUAAUCCUGUGAGGAGGGAGG